CCACCUUCGGGCUGAGCCGGAGGCAACGUGCCCGCUCCGCUGGAGGCAUGAAUCCGGAGGGAGCGAGCGAGCGCGCGCGCGCGCAGGCAGUCGCCUUUCUCUCAUCCUCCGCUUUUCACGACCUGCUUUUUAUCCUCCCCUGCUCAUUCCUAUACCGGAACGCGUUUAAACAUGUCUGUAUUGUUGUUUGAGGGACUUUAUCCACACGCCGGCCGGUCUGAGACUUGAGAAGACGGACGAUGGAGCGGACGCAUAGGAUUGCCGGCACCGGCGGUGGCGGCGGCGGCGGCUCGCUCCGAGCGUCCGCCUUCAUCCCGGUGUGCACGGCCGCCUGCCUCCUGGUGGGCUCCACCUCACUCUUCUUCGUCUUCACAUGCCCGUGGUUAGCAGUGACCUUCUGCCCUGCCGUGCCGCCGUGCUGCGCCGUCCUUUUCCUUUUCGUGCUAGCCAACUUCACCAUGGCGACAUUCAUGGACGCCGGCGUUCUUCCGAUGGCCAAUGAGGAUGAAGAUAAGGAUGACGAGUUCCGGGCGCCUCUUUACAAGAACGUGGACGUGAGGGGUAUCCAAGUGCGGAUGAAGUGGUGCGCGUCCUGUCACUUCUACAGGCCGCCGCGAUGCUCGCAUUGCAGCGUGUGCGAUCGCUGCGUGGAGGAUUUUGACCACCACUGUCCGUGGGUGAACAACUGCAUCGGGAGGCGCAACUACCGCUACUUCUUCCUCUUCCUGUUGUCCCUCACCGGUCACAUGGUUUGCGUGUUCAGCCUGGGCCUGGUCUUUGUGCUGCACCACAUGGACCAGCUGUGGAAGCUGCAUUGCACUGUCACUUUGGUCGUGAUCAGCAUAUCGGGCCUGUUUCUUCUCCCUGUUCUGGGCCUGACGGGCUUCCAUCUAUUCCUGGUGUCACGGGGACGCACCACCAAUGAACAAGUCAGCCCCUAUUGUUAUGUCACCGGGAAGUUUCAUGGAGGACCAAAUCCAUUCACGCGAGGUUGCUGUAACAAUUUGGAGUACCUAGUGUGCAGUCCCAUCUCUCCAAGGUACUCAGCCAGGCCUCGCAAAAAGUCUGUGAUUCACAUUCAGCCUCCCUUCCUGAGACCAGAGCUCGACAGGCAGCUGUCCGUCAAAGUGAGCGACAACGGCAACCACAGCCGAGCCUCCGCCGGACCGGAAACACAGAAAAGUCCGCCGCCUUUGCCGCCUAAACCAGAACACGGGUUGCUGAAAAGUCACCUCGCCGUCAUGGAAGAGAUGGCCCUGCGCACCAAAGCCAUCAUCCCCGUCUCCAUUCCCACUGUGCCUCAGCUGCGACCAGUCCUGGAGGCCAUUUCCCGAGGAUCGUCGCCCAUUCCUCCGGAGCAGCUACUGAAGACCUCAGAGGCUCCGGGAGACAACAAAGGUCCUGACCUCCGCUUGAACACUAACGGAAGCCCUUCCAGGGGAGCUUUGCCCCCUUCCUUGCCCCCCUUGCAGGCCGCUACCCUCUCUGGGGCCAUGACGCUCAGUUCGCGCUCACUCAGCCUCAAACAGGGCGGCCGGCACGUGAGCGCCAAGCCGCAGGCUAAUCAUAACGCUGGCAGCGGCGGCUCCUAUGAAAACCUCAUCCCGACUGUGGACCCCCAGUGUCGCCCCCACAGAGGGCCCCCCGCGGUGGGCUACUUUAUGAGCCUGGGUGCCGACGUCGGGGCAGUGCAGCGCGGCCCUCACUCGUAUAGUCCAGUCUUUGUGGGUGUGGCCCGACAUUCCCCUCAACCCAGAGAACCGUCGCCUUCUCAGCACGGUCUCUCGUCCAGAGACCCCUCCCCUUCAUUCCCGGGGUUCAUCCAAAGAGAGCCUUCGCCAGCUUUCCAGGGCCUCAUCUCCAGGGAUCUCAGCCCGGCGAGUCUGCCCCUGAAAACCCAAAGUCUCCGAGACAGCCUCAGGGACGGGACUGUCACCGCCCCUGCCACGUCGUCCCGAAUCGACGGCCUCUCUAAGGCACUCAUGGCGUCCAUUCAUGAAAGGCGUGAGAUGGAGGAGAGAGAGCGGAUGCUGCGCCUGCAAGUCCGAUCCCAAGCUUUGUACGGACCCGAUGCCAGCGUCUACGACAUCCCCUGCCGGCGGAGUCUACCGCUGGAUCCCGGGCAGCCUCAGGGCGCCCGGGGACCCACCCCGCCGGUAUACGGCUCCCGGGAGUUCCUGAUGAGCACGGGCAUCCUGGGGUACGGCCCCAGGACGUCGCCCCUCUCCGCAUCGUCGACAUCAUCGCUCGCCCGAGGACCCAAACCGCGCUGCUUGGCUGGGUACCCGCCCUCCGAAAGACCGCCCGCCCCUCCCUCCACAUGCACUCUGCCCCGUUUACCCACCUCCUCCACGCCUCCUUACGCACUCUACGGGACGGCCAAACGCUCCUCGCUCACCGCCUCCACUGAGGGGAAGGACUCGUGAGUAAAACUGCUUCUAAUGUUGUCAAGGAAUAAUCCGUGCAGUGUUUGUGAGUGAAGAAACUAUAUCAUCAUUUGUCAGUGUUAGAUUAGGGCUCUUAAUAAUUAGGUUGGGGAAUUGAGCUAGGCCGUUCUGUCACUGUGACCUUUCCUCCUGGCUGGGCAUCUUCUUAUCUAUGACAUCCUUAAGGCCGUCGAGCCGCAUACAGUCUGCUCCCUUGUGGGUGGGAGGCCAAGAGUAUAAGAAUCCUGGAGGUGGGGGUCGACCUUUUAUUGUAGUCUCGGCGAAAAAGGCUCCACGGCCGUGUCUCGAUCUUUCUGGUAUCCCACUGGAACUGAGAAUAUGGAGUCUCUUGGUAGUUAAUGAGCAUUGAAGGAACUUAACUCAGAACUUUGAUGGUAAAAAGAUGAAUUGCUGGGCCCAAAAAAACCCAAAAAUUACUGCGCGAGUCUCUAAUACAGAGAGAAUACAAUCUUUUUUUUUUAUGUGUUUUGAUAUUGCUUUUUUGUUGUCUCCCAAUUCAUAGAAUUUGAUAGUUGUUUAUAUGAAUAAUAAAAAUGAUGUAACUCUCAUUUUUUGUUUUAUUUUUCAUGUUUUCAGAGUUUAAAUGCAGUCAAUUAAAAAUGUUCACCAUUGUGUUGAAA